CCGUGGUGGUAGCAGCACCGUUCAGAGCCAUUCUGCCGGUCAUCGGAGCUUCCUAAAAAAAGAUAAAAUAACAAAAAACUACUACUCAGGGCAUGAAGGAGAUGAAACGGUUGCGGUGAGAAGAGCUGGAUCUGACCCUGACCCCGAUAGGGAACGAGACGAACCGAACCGAAACAGUGUUCUCUGACGACAUGCUGGGCGGACCGCCGAGCAACCUGAGGGUGGAAAUCCCCCCCCCUCCCUGGAAUGGAUAAGACAAGGUGCCUGGGUGUCAAUUCUGCAGUGUCAGAAAUCACCCGAAAGGUGGCGGGGCGCCGUUUGCGGUGUCUGAGGCUGCACGAAGUCUCGCCCUUGUCUCGCGAGGGAUGCAACUCCUGGAUUCUGAUUCAUUCUCACUCGAAACAGGUCAGCAACGAGCACGUCUCGAUCGAUGACAUCGUUCUCACCUGUAGAUCGACGGUCUGGACGACUGUAACGAUGGAGGGGGGGGGGCCACGAUCGCUGCAUUCAGGGAAGGUUGCAACGGAGGGAGCCUGGAUGAGGUUCUUUCCUUCCUGUCCCGGCAACGGGUAUGUAGCAGUCACGUGGUGUGGCUGCCCUAAGGAGGCUAGUCCCGAACAGGUAAGUGCCGAUCCAGCAUCCGGCGGACCUGCAUUGGGAAACAAACACCGACGCGAGUCUCUCUCAGCCUCUUCCCACCUUCCCACCUUCCCACGCCCUGCAGGAAGGAGAGACACGGCGUGGUCCAGGCAUUCCCAGUCCCGACGCGAGGUAUGCGAAGCCACCUGUCCAUGGAUCGACGUGGCAGCCGGUCUGUAACGGUGCCAAUUCGGUCAGUGUUCGUCUUGGUUCAACUCUGUCUUGCUGACGUUGGUGAAGGCACAGCAGCCUAUGCUUUCCGUGGUACGAAGUUGACUCUUCCCCCCCCUACGUCUCCUCACGUCUCCUCAGUGGAGUGAACGAUCCAAAAAUAUCCUUGA